AUGUCGCAUCCAUUCCUGGGUGCCUCUGAGCUGUAUCACCACCUCCUCAAGGAUCAAGACCCGUCUUCGAUGGAAGGCGAUCUCAAAUUACUUCAUCAGCUAGCAAGCGAUCUCAAUCCAGUUGUCCAAUUGUACGACGAGAUCUCGCCACUCCGUGAUGCCAUCGUGGCUUUGAACAAGGCGGUCCAGAAGGAGCUCAAUGUCGUUUAA